AUGGUUGGAGUCUCAAAUGAGGCGAGCAGCUCGCGGAUGCAGCAGCUUACCCAGGGCCGCAGGUUAGGCUUUCGGGGCCUGCUUGGCGCCAAUCGUUACCUCCUUUUCUCCUCCCUCUUUGCCUGCAUCGGAUCAUUCAUGUACGGCACUGAUCAGGGGAUUCUUUCCAACCUCUUAACAGGACAAAAUUUUGCCUCCAAAUUCCCAAGCGUUUAUAGUGAUCCUGUGCUCAAAGGAUGGGUUGUGUCUGUUUUGCAGUUAGGAGCAUGGCUGGGAGCCUUAGUCAACGGCCCAUUAGCCAACGCCAUCUCGAGAAAAUACAGCUUAACAGUGGCUGCAUUUCUCUUCACCCUCGGCAGCGCCAUAUGUGCCGGUGCACAAAACGUCACCUACCUCUUUGUGGGUCGUAUCAUAGCUGGGAUUGCUGUAGGACAGAUCUCCCACGUCGUACCUUUAUACAUGGCAGAGAUCUCACCUUCUGAGUUCCGAGGAGCACUUGUUUCUUUACAGCAGCUGGGCAUUACUGCUGGAAUUAUGGUUUCUUAUUGGCUUUGUUAUGGCACAAGUUUUGCAGGUGGCCAAGCCUGCGAUGCAAACGAAUCCGCGCCUUUCGGCGAUUCCGGAGCCUGGAGUCCGUAUACUGAUGUUCCAGAAGGGGGCUGCACUGGGCAGACUGAACUCGCAUGGAGAUUGCCUUUAGCGUUGCAAGUGGCUCCUGCUCUGGUUCUGCUCUUGGGAGCGCCGUUCCUGCCAUUCAGCCCGAGAUGGCUGAUGUCAAAGGGACGCGAUGAUGCAUGCCGCGCUGCUAUUAGCGAACUCCGGUCAUUACCUCUGGACGACCCGAUCGUCGAGACUGAGUACCUUGAAAUAAAAGCUGCGGUUCUCUUUGAUGAGCGUACAGCUGCAGAACUACACCCUGGCAAAAGUGGAAUUUCUCUUACUUUCGCCAAAGUUGGUAUGCUUUUUACGAACACGGGACUUUUUAAACGUCUGGCAACGGGUUGUAUUAUCAUGUUUUUCCAGCAAUUCACUGGCAUCAAUGCUAUCAUAUAUUAUGCACCUACAAUCUUCGGCAGUCUCGGACUCAAUGCAUCCACAACAUCUUUAUUAGCUACCGGUGUCCUUGGUGUCGUUGAUUUUGUAUUCACAUUCCCCGCAAUCUUUUGGGUUGACCGCUGGGGCCGCCGUAAAUUCUUUAUGGCUGGUGCUCUUGGCAUGAUGGUUUCUCACGUCAUUGUCGCUGCCAUUGUUGGUCAUUACGACGGGAACUUUAAUGUCCCUGGUGGUAAAGUUGCUGGAUGGGUUGGAGUUGUUUUCAUCUACAUGAUGGGCGCUAACUUCUCUUACUCGUGGGGCCCUGUUGCAUGGCUGGUGCCCGCUGAGAUCUUCUCCCCAGGCCAUCGCAGUCAGGCUGUUAGUAUUAUUAUUAGCUGCAACUACAUGAUGAAUUUUGUUGUAGGACAAGUGACGCCCAACAUGCUCGACAAGCUAAAGUACGGGACUUACAUAUUAUUCGCCAGCUUCUGUCUGCUCAUGUUUCUCUGGGUCUUUUUCUUCCUGCCUGAGACCCGCUACAAAACGCUCGAGGAGAUGGACGAAGUGUUUGGCGACAAUUCUGCUACGGUUGAUCGUGAGCGAAUGCAAGAAAUUAUGGCAGAGAUUGGUCUCGAGCAAACUCCACAGCAAAUUGCUGAGAGGUUGAGCGAUGAAAAAGACAGAGAGGAGUACAUGGAGAACACAAAAAAUGUAUGA